AUGUUUACCAAAAUGCAAAAUGAGGUAGACAGUGAAUCUGAAUCAGAAAAAGAAGUCAAGUAUUCUGCCAUCAUGAGAAGAAAGCCCAGAAAUGUCCUUGAUGUUCCAGUAGUCCCUAAACUUGAAGUCCCAUUCUCUGUAAUGGACAUCAUCUCUAGGAUUGACCAAGCACAGCUCCAUCGAGCCAGAGAGGACAUUAAUACGCGCCUGAGUGAGAUAAUGAACAAUGUGCAUCGGAUAAUAACUCGCUAUACUGCUGAUCUUAACUUGUCCACCGUAAGGACUCUCUCCACUACAGAAUAUAAGAAAAAACAGAGAACCAGUGUUUCAGAGAAAAUGAUUACUUUUGCUCAGAAUGGUGAAAUUAGAGAAAAGACUCUUGCCUACAUUCUGGCCUGGUUGGAAGAAUGGAGUGCCGUUUUGUCUGAGAUGACUGUAAUUGAUAUUGAUGAACACCACCAGUGGAUAACACAAAUGCAGAUGUUACCAGACACAUUAAAAGCUAUUGAAAACAAUGUGAAGAUGCUGUGUAGAUUCACUACAUCUUUUCUUGAAGAAAAGAAGACACAAAAGAAAAAAAUAUUAUCAAGAGGUACUCUAUGGAAAACUUGGAAAGAAAGAGUUAUAAAGCGACCUGCAACAGCCCAUGCUUUAAGGCCAGAUCAGAUGAUUAGUGAUCAAUUUGCAACAAAUAUAAAGAUUUCAGAAAUCCAAGAUAUGCUACAGGAACUCAUAGGCACGUCAAUGUUCAACAAAUUGGAAAACAAUGCUAUUAAAUAUAUAUCAUCAACAAUAAUAAAUCUUUCUAAAGCUUUGAAUUUGCUAAGUGAUGAAUUAAAAGGUAUUGACUUCCAAAGUGCCAAUAUGUAUGUAGAUGAGUCAAGUGAUAAAGAAAAAGAGCUCUCCCUGAAGAUGAUACAAGAUCUCAGUGAAGAAAAUGAAAUGCUUCAGCAGAAACUUCAAGAUGCAGAAGAAAAAUAUGAACAACUUCAAACCAAAGUUGUUACAGAACGCCAAAUACAUACAGCAUUGCCCAGAUCAUCAACCUCGAAAGCAUUACCUGGACCUUCUUCACAGUCAUCCGUUGUUGUUACCAAAGCUGGUGACAUAGAGGACAAUAUGGAACGUAUUUUCGCCAAAGAAUUUGGAAAUACUGUAGAUGAAGCCCCUCAAAAAGUGAUCAAAGGCUCUGGGAAAAAGUGGGGCUCAGCUCCUUCAUAUAUAGCCCAACCUGAAAUGAUUCCAGGUUUAACUGAAAAACAACAACGUUCACCUGAAAAAAAACAGAAAAAGCCUCCUGAAGGUGACGUCUAUCAGAAAGAUGAGACUUACCAGUAUCAAUCACAGAAAAGGAAGUACACAAAAGGCGUAGAUGCCAAUGAAACCUCUAGAUCAGAUCUGAGUGAUAAUAAAAGUGAACAGAAAGUUUCAGACGCCAAACCUCAUCAAUACUCUGAGCUACAAGCACUGGACAACAAAAGAAAUGAAAGGAAAUUCUUUUCUGAAGCCAAAUCAAAGUCACCCACUGAAUCACAAAGCCAACAUUACCUUUUUACUGAAACAAAGAGCCAACGUGGCAAAGAUGGAACAAGUAGUAUAUGGGAGCAACUCAGGAAAGUCAAACAUGAAUAUUUAUCUGUCAAAAGCCCAAUUUCGUCCACCACUGAAUCAAUGGACAAAGGGAGCAAAAGUGAGAUGAGCAGCCUAGUGGAGCUACUCAGGAAGACUCAAUCAGAUUAUACCUCUGAGCCACAGAAAGAAAAAAGAAAAAUUAAAAAACACCAAAUCUCUUCAGAAACUACCAAAAGCAAAGAAGAAAAAACCAAAAAGAAGGAAACUUUAGCCUUCACCAAAAAAGCCGAGACUCCUCAACUUGUUAAAUCACACUCAAGAAUAGCAAAAGAGACUUCAGAAUCUACCAGAGCUCUAGAAAGUCAAGAUGACGAAAGUGAACAGAGUAACCUAGAAGAAUUUCAGAAAGCCAUAAUGGCUUUCCUAAAAGAGAAAAUCGAUAACAUAGGAAAGCCUUUUGAUAAAAAGACUGUGCUGAAGGAAGAGGAGUUAUUAAAAAGAGCAGAAGUUGAAAAAUUAGGAAUCAUAAAGGCAAAAAUGGAGGAAUAUUUCCAAAAAGUGGCUGAAACUGUGACUAAAAUCUUGAGGAGAUACAAAGAUAUAAAAAAGGAAGGACAAGUUGAAGAGAAACUUAUGAAACAAAAAAAGAUAGUCUCAUUUAUGCCAGGAUUGCAUUUUCAGAAGUCACCAAUUAAUGCAAAAUCUGAAAGUAGUACCUUCCCUUCCUAUGACAGCACAGAUCCAGUAAUUAACAAUUUACUACAAAUGAUCUUGGCUGAAACAGAAAGUGAAAGAGAUGUUAUAACAGUCUCAGUAGUAGGCAAAGACCACAAGGAGAAGGAAAAACAAAGGCAGGAGGAAUAUUUGCAAGAGGGUCAAGAAAAAAUGUCUGGCAUAAGUCUCAUACACCAGUUGCUAGAAAAAAUAAAUCUUUCAAAGGAGAUCUAUGAGAAGAUAAAUAAUAAUUUGGAGGAGAAAAAGGCACAGCUCCAGAUGAAGGAGGGAAAGCAAGGACAACAGAAGCAGAAAGAGGGGCAGGAUGAAGUGUGGAAGAAACAGCAAAAACAGAGGGUUCAAAAGCAGAUUGAGCAAGAUGAGAAGCAAAAGCAAAGGGGAAAGGAUGAAGAAGAGCAUCAGAAGCCUGUGCAGCAGCAGAAGGAAGCAUGGAAGCAAAAAAUGAAAGAGCAAGGGAUACUCUUGGAAAAGGAGAAUGGAGACACGAGGCAGGUUCAGAAGGACAUGAGACAUCUGGGGCUGAAAAUGAGCGGGAAGAAAGAGAAGGAGAAGCAGAAGCCAGGGAGAGAGGUAGAGGACCUUGAAAGGCAGAGGCAGAAUUUAGCAAAGGAUCAGAUGAAGAUUGAGGAGGAAAAACCUGAAGAGCUAGUAAAAACGGUCACCCAAGCUCCAGAGACAUCGUCUUCCAAGUGGAAGAGAUUAUUGGAAGAUAUACCCAAGUUAUAUGAAGGAAAAGAGUUCCAUAGGAUUCUGAGGACUUCAGAGAUUGUUCCUGAUCAAAAGAACUCCAUAGCAAUAAUUCCAACCACUUCCACACAAUCCUCCCCAUCUGAGGCCAUUCUCAUUUCUGGACAACCUCUUACAAAGUGCAUCGUUCUUACCCCUCAGCAGACCCAGGACCUGGGGACCACCCUCACCCCCCAGCAGGCCCGGGAUCAGGGGAUCACUCUCACCCCUCAGCAGGCUCAGACUCAGGGGAUCACUCUCACCCCUCAGCAGGCCCAGGGCCUGGGGAUCACUCUCACCCCUCAGCAGGCCCAGGACCUGGGGAUCACUCUCACCCCUCAGCAGGCCCAGGGCCUGGGGAUCACUCUCACCCCUCAGCAGGCCCAGGACCUAGGGAUCAUUCUCACCCCUCAGCAGGCUCAGACUCAGAGGAUCACUCUCACCCCUCAGCAGGCCCAGGACCUGGGGAUCACUCUCACCCCCCAGCAGGCCCAAGCCCAGGGGAUCACUCUCACCCCUCAGCAGGCCCAGGCUCAGGGGAUCACUCUCACCCCCCAGCAGGCUCAGGCUCAGGGGAUCACUCUCACCCCUCAGCAGGCCCAGGGCCUGGGGAUCACUCUCACCCCUCAGCAGGCCCAGGCUCAGGGGAUCACUCUCACCCCUCAGCAGGCCCAGGGCCUGGGGAUCACACUCACCCCUCAGCAGGCCCAGGCUCAGGGGAUCACUCUCACCCCUCAGCAGGCCCAGGACCUGGGGAUCACUCUCACCCCUGAGAAGCCCCAGGUUUUUGGUGUCAAACUUACACAUGAGCAGGCCCAGGCACUGAGGCCUUCUCUCACUCUAGAACAAGCCCAGACGUUGAGAGUUCCUAUCACUCCUAAGUAUACCAAGGUACUAAAGGCAUCCGUUACCUCUGAACAGACCCAGGCAAUGCAAAUGCCACUAACUACUGAACAGGCCCAGAUAUUUGGGGUCCCUGUUACCCAAGAACAAGCCAAGGCAUUGGGAGUCACUCUUAUGCCAGAGCAGACCCAGGCAUUUAGGGUCACCUUCACUCCUCAGCAGGUUCAGGCACUGGGGCCUCUCACUUCUGUUCAGGGUGAGUCACUGGGCCUUUCUCUCACCCCUGAGCAAGCACAAGCAUUGGGGGUCCCUCUCACCUUGGAUAAAGCCCAUACCUUGGGAUCUCCCCUCACCCUUGAGCAAGUCCAACCUUUGGGAGUCCCCUUCACCCCAGGACAGAUCCAGUCUGCAGGUAUUACUCUCAUGUCUAAGCACGACCUGAAAUUAAGAGGUUCUCGCACACCAGGUGCUCUUCACAUUCCUAAGCAACCCGCCACAUCAGCUCCUUCUGCUUAUAGACCAUUUCAGGAAUUGAAGCCUUCUCUCCCCACUGGGCAAUCCGUUACAUCAAGAUUAUCUCCAAGCCUUAGGCAGUCUCCGGCAUCAUCUGUUCCUAUCACUGAGGAGUUCUCUACAUUUGGGAUCUCUUCUACUCCUUUGCAGAUAUCAAGGCCUCCUCUCACCCAAGGCCCUUUUGCCCCUGGGAAGCCCCCAGAAAUGGGGAUUCUUCCUGACCCUGAGAAACUCCUGGAACCACAGACCCUUCCUUUCUCUAAACAGACCCUGAUAUAUAGAGGUCCAUCAACUUCUAGGCAGUUCCUAGCACCAGAGGCUCCUCCUACCCCUGGACAGCUCCCAAUAUCUGGGGCCCCUCCCACUCCAGGGCAGCCUCUUGUCUCUGGAAUCCCACCCACUUCUGGACAGAUUCCCAGUCUCGGGGCCCCUCUCUCACCUGGGCAGCCCUUGGUUCCUGGGAUCUCUUCCAUCCCUGAGCAGCUCCUGGAAUCCGAACCCAUAACCUUCUCUGAGUGGCCCCAGGCAUUCCAGCCUCCUGCCACCACUGAGCAAUCUCCCUAUCUGCAGGCCCCUUCUACCCUUACGCAAUAUCUAGCACCACGGACCCUUCCUGGGCAAGCUCCCCCAUUAUGGAUCCCUUCCAUUUCUAGGUAUCCCCACCCACCCUUGGCCCCCCAAACCCCUGGAAAGCCCCAGAAAGGUUUGUCCUCUUCUGUUGCUAAGAGAAGACUGGCAAUUAUUUCUUCUCUGAAAUCUAAACCAGCAUUGGUCCAACCCAGUGCUCCAGAUUUCAAGGUACCUCAAGUUUCUUUAACCACUAAGAAGGUCCAAAUGUCAGAGGUCUCUGACACUUAUGAAGAAACCCAGGCACACCAAGGUACUUUUGCCAUAGAAUCACUGAGAACAUUUCAGUCCUAUCUCACCAAUUAUAGGACACCAGUAUCACAAACCCCUUACAUGAAGCCUAUAACAUCACUAUCUUCUCUUACUACUCAACUACUCAAAACAUCACAGAUCUCACCUUCGGAACGGGACCAGAGAUCCCAAUUCCCCCGGACCAAGAAACCCAAGAUGAUGGUGCCCCCUUCUUCUCCCCAAGGGCUUGAAGAGAAGAGGUAUUUUGUUGAUGUGGAGGCUCAGAGGAAGAACCUGAUACUGUUAAAUCAAGCCACAAAAACUUCUGGACUCCCUUCACAGCUAUACACAACAGCUAGGAAUCUCAUAAUUGAGACACUUCAUAUGGACACAGUUCGGCUGGGAUACCUAUUCCGCAAGUACAUUGCCUAUAGGCUGAUCCAGAGCCUCCAAGAGAUGUAUGAAUUGAAUCUUAGGAAACCUAUCCCCUUGAUCAUCGAGAAAAUGCAGAUAUCUGCCUCUACCAAACCUGUUCAACAGCCAUUGCCAGACUUACUAAUAGAAGAUGAAAGAAAAUCUGACAUGUUCAAGAAAUUUAGGCAACAAGAGGACCAGAUGGAGGCCAUCUGGAAUGUUGAUGUGUCUGUUUCAAGCUACCCAAUAGAAGAGAAGACAUCAAUGCAUUCACUCUGGGCCCAGCUGGGUGGAUACCCAGAUAUUCCUAGGCUGCUUCAGUUAGAUAUUCAGUCUACCUUCAUAAAAUCUCUUGCAUCCAUUCAAUCACAAAACAACAUAAUCAAGCGAUUAAAAGCCAUCCAAAACACUGGGAAAGGCUAUGAAACCCAGAACCUCUACAUAACACUGAUCAAAAUUGAUGACUACCAGAAAAAGGUUAUGCGGGUCUGGACUGAGAAGCAGAAGUCUCUAGAGCAGAAACGCAAUCAGUACCUAAGGGAAAUGAUAUACUUAUUUGGCCAGAGCCCUCUGUGA